GAAUGCAAUCGGUUCUCCGAACAACCAAAUAAUCCACCACAAAGAAAAUGUCCUGCUAUAUGGUUCGCCUUGGGUGAACUUAACUAUUCCCCUGCCUUAUUCAACCUCGGGGUAUGGUACGAACUUCGGGCAGCGGCAUGUUCAGAUGCUGACUCUGCCGUCAAAAUGAAAUAUCAGUCUAAAGCGGAGGAACGGUACAAACAAGCUGUUCUCACGGACAAUCAUCCAAUUGCUGCUUACAAUCUGGCUUGUCUGUUGCUUCGAACGGGUCGAAGAGAAGUACAGGUUGGAGAUCACAAAGAAUCUGUCACUCACCUAAUGCAAAUUGCAGCCGAUUCUGGUGUUGAGUUGAAAUGCAUUUCUACUAUUUUCCGUCCAGCUGUUGUUUCCGUAUCCAUCCUGCGAGACGAUUUCACCACAAAUAUUGGCGGUGUCGUUACCGAUUUCAGACAAGCCAUCCGUAGUAUUGUAUUCUACUCCCAUUUUACCUGUUAUUCUAGUCCAUGGUGCCAUGUGCUCAAUAAAUCGCUGACUCUCGUUGAAGUCUCUCCAUCUGGAUAG